CUAUAACAACCUGGAUGGUUAUUGUCGUCUUUGUUCCGGAAGACACAACAUCCACAGUUUUCAAAUAUAAUUUAAAACACGAGGAGUUGAGUUUAUAGCAAAAAGUUCUAUUUUGGUUUCAUCUGACCACAUGACAUUCUCCCAAUCCUCUGCUGUAUCAUCCAUGUAUCCAUUUUGGUAUCAACUCAACUGGUGGUGUUUGGAGGAAGAAGAAUACUGAGUUGCAUCCCAAGAACACCAUACCUACUGUGAAGCAUGGGGGUGGAAACAUCAUGCUUUGGGGCUGUUUUUCUGCUAAGGGGACAGGACGAUUGAUCCGUGUUAAGGAAAGAAUGAAUGGGGCCAUGUAUCCUGAGAUUUGGAGCCAAAACCUCCUUCCAUCAGUGAGAGCUUUGAAUGCUUGACCAAAUACUUAUUUUCCACCAUCAUUUACAAAUAAAUUCUUUAAAAUUAUUACAAUGUGAAUUAAAGUGUUUGCCACAUUCUGUCUGUCACAGUUGAAGUGUACCUAUGAUGAAAAUGACAGACCUCUGUCAUCAUUUGAAGUGGGAGAACUUAGGGACGGCGUGGCGCAGUGGCGCAGUGGGAGAGUGGCCGUGCACAACCCGAGGGUCCCUGGUUCAAAUCCCACCUAGUAACAACCUCGUCACGUCCGUUGUGUCCUGAGCAAGACACUUCACCCUUGCUCCUGAUGGGUGCUGGUUGGCGCCUUGCAUGGCAGCUCCCUCCAUCAGUGUGUGAAUGUGUGUGUGAAUGUGGAAGUAGUGUCAACGUGCUUUGAGUACCUUGAAGGUAGAAAAGCGCCGUACAAGUACAACCUAUUUAUCAUUUUAACUUGCACAAUGGGUGGCUGACUAAAUACUGUUUUUCCCCCCAGUUUGCAGCAUUUAGGGCCGGUGCAGUUUUGACAAGUGAGUGAUCAAGUCCACAAGAUGUUUGCAAAGGCAGCAUCCGGCAGUGGCGUUCAAGGACCUUGUGCUGUCCGAGACAGAUUAUUUCAUUGAUGAUGUGACAUUCAAGGCACUAAGAAUGUUACAUUGUCUACUGGUUUGGUCCUUGGGACUGGUUUGACACCCCGGGACCAUAGGAGCAUCAAUUCUGCAUCUAACGACUGUGACCCACAUACGCGGCGGUCAUGUGACCAGGUCUUAGCCAAUUGUGUGAGAGGUGGUGAGAAUACAAAAUCGCCUCAGUCCUGUUUUGGACCUCAAGUGUCUGCUCUUAUCUGAAAGACGUGAUGGAGCAACAGAGGCUGCUGAAGUCCGGCUGCCAGCUCUCAGGGGUCCGCACGCCACCCGUACGCCGCAGCAGCAAGCUGGCAAGCCUGGGACGCAUUUUCAAGCCCUGGAAAUGGAGGAAAAAGAAAAACGAGAAACUGAAGCCGUCCGCAGCGGUGGAGAAGAAGCCGGCUUUAGGACCGCAGCAAGAUGACCUCAUCCAAGAGGAGCUGGAGACAGAGUCAGAUCUUGCUUGUGGCGGCAACAGCGAAGACCAGGAUACCCCAACUCACUCGGACGGCGAGGAAAGAGACGAGGAGCCCAUGGUGCUGCUGGCCGGCACCACUGAAGACGUGGACAGUCUUUUACAAACAUCAACAGUAGAAGAUGUCGACAAGACGGAGGAUUCCAAAAGGCCAGCAGAGCCCGCCGAGAGUGACAUCGCAGACCAGGGCGUGCCGGGGGACUCCUGUGACGAGAACUUGCAGGUGGGGAGGGUGGAGGCCCCCGAGAGCAGAAAGGAGGUGAGCCAUCCUCAGAGACGAGCCAGCACCCCACCAGGACCCAACCUGCCAGUCCGAGUGCUCACCAGACUGGGCAGUCUCGAUGGUGCACCUCCGCUCAGAGUGAAAAAGUCCCCGGCCACCUUACCCAGGAACUUCACGCUUCCCAAAGACCCGCAUGGCUCCCUGCUGAGAGGCCGCAUGUUGACUCCCACCGGCUCCCCCCACCUUGGCGGACUACAUCCUCAGCUGCCCCCCAGUUGCAUAAUUGAGGAACUUCAUCGUGCCCUGGCCACUAAGCAUCGAAAGGACAGCUUCCAGAUGACGGAGGUUCGUGCAUCUCCCAAGCGCAGACUCGACAGUCGCCUGUCACGCGCCUCCAGCACUGAGAGGGGACCCGGUUGUGAGCCGGAGCGCAAGAAGCAGUCCGACGAGAACAAGGAGAACCGGCGUCUGGACGAGUACUUCAGUGACCAGGACAGCUGGAACCAGUCGGUGAUCUCUGGGAGCCUCCCGCGCAGGAUGAGGAAGGAACUUCUGGCCGUGAAACUCCGGAACCGACCGAGCCAGCAGGAGCUGCAGGACCGCAACAUCUUCCCCGUCCGCAGUGACCAGGAGCGCCAGGUCAUCCGUCAGCAGAUAGAGAUGAAGCUGGCCAAGAGACUGAGCCAGAGACCCGCGGUGGAGGAGCUGGAGAGUCGGAACAUCUUAAAACAAAGAAAUGACCAAACUGAACAGGAAGAGAGGCGGGAAAUCAAACAACGGCUGAACAGAAAGCUCAACCAGCGGCCGACGGUGGACGAGCUGAGGGACAGAAAGAUCCUCAUUCGUUUCAGUGACUAUGUGGAAGUGGCCAAAGCUCAGGACUACGACAGGCGAGCAGACAAACCCUGGACCAGACUGUCUGCUGCUGAUAAAGCCGCCAUACGGAAGGAACUGAAUGAGUUCAAAAGCACGGAGAUGGAGGUUCAUUCUUCGAGCAAACAUCUGACAAGGUUCCAUCGGCCUUAGCAAGAGUUCUUCUGUGAAGAGCUGCUGAUAUUUGGUUCAGUGUGUGAAACCCUUGCACAGAGUCUUCCAUGUGUACUGUCCCACAGUCAGUGGGUGUCCUGAUAUUCUGAUGUAUCCAGCAAACCUUGGAGGCUAUGUCUCUCGAAAAGAGCCGGCGAGUGGACAGAAAGACCAAGCAAAACCUACUCAGAGGAGCACUGACCUUCAUUUUUUCUAAUCAGACUCUUUUGAAAGACUUUCUUUACAACGCCACAGGGGGCAAAGGUGCAAGCGGCCCGUUGGCCCAGUUCUUGUUGGAAACGUUGUCACCCACCCCCACCGUCUUGUCACCCGACUCACACCUGGUUCAGUUGACGAGUUUCAUAUCGACAGCAUUAAUGUUCUUAAAAAGGAACCUUUGUUUGUGUACAAGACGACAACCCUUUGUAAGCACUAUUUAUUGUCUGCACAAUACAGGUUUUCUAUUUGUAAGACUCA